CAUCACGGGAUAUGGGCGGUACCUUGAGAGUCAGUUAUACCAAAUAUUGUUUUGUUUGUACAUUAGCUAACCGAAGCUAAAUAAGUAAGGUGCAAAAUGUCUUUGAUUAGCGCCAUGUUCAGGUACAUUCGGUUUUGCUGUCGGCCUAUAAGCAGUUAUAUCUUGGGAUAUCUUACAUUGUACUUUUUGUACAUUGCAGGGGUCAAUAGUAAAUUGUGAUAGCAGAUUUAUGUAUCCCAAUACUUUAAAGAAAAACAAGGUAAUAUAGUAUAAUUUACAUUCCACAACAGGAUUCUACAAACGUCCUGUAAGUCAAGCCUUGAACAUUGAGCUGUUUCCUACAUGGCCACAAGAGGGCGAAAUACUCAACGAAGAAGCUGCCAAAGCUUCCAAUAAGACGGAAAAGGCCUGGACAUUAGGAUGGAAGUGCUAUCCCGUGGAUCAGACUGUGCGGGGGAUAUCUAGUGAGGGCAGAGGAGACCUUCAGGAUGGGAAAUGCAUGUGCAACUUUUCCAGAUUAUAGUUGAAAAGCUUGUUAGAGCAACAUGAGCUGGAGCUUUCUCACUCGUCUCCUGGAAGAGAUCCAUAACCACUCCACCUUCGUGGGGAAAGUGUGGCUGACUGUGCUGAUCAUCUUCCGCAUUGUGCUCACAGCAGUGGGAGGCGAGUCCAUCUAUUCGGAUGAGCAGACCAAGUUCACCUGCAACACCAAACAGCCAGGCUGUGACAAUGUGUGCUAUGAUGCCUUUGCCCCUCUCUCGCACGUCCGCUUUUGGGUCUUCCAGAUCAUCAUGAUCUCCACUCCUUCCAUCAUGUACAUGGGUUACGCCAUCCACAAGAUAGCCCGGAGUACAGACGAGGAGCGCAGGAAGCUCCACAGGCUCCGCAAAAAGCCUCCUCCUCAUUCCAGAUGGAGAGAAAGCCACCAUCUGGAGGACGUCCUAGAGGAGGAUGAAGAUGACGAUGCUGAGCCUAUGAUCUAUGAGGAAACACUGGAGGUGCAAGAGGCCAAGCCUGAGCCAGUGAGCAGCACUGGCAAAGCCCCACCAAAACACGAUGGGCGCCGAAGAAUUAUGGAAGAAGGCCUGAUGAGAAUCUAUGUUCUUCAGUUGAUGUCACGGGCCAUUUUUGAAAUUGCUUUCCUAGCAGGACAGUACCUCCUCUACGGUUUUCGGGUUAGUCCGUCAUAUGUUUGCAACAGGGUACCUUGUCCACACAGAGUGGACUGUUUCAUCUCCAGGCCCACAGAGAAAACAAUCUUCCUUCUCAUCAUGUAUGUGGUAAGCUGUCUUUGUCUCGUGCUAAAUGUGUGUGAGAUGCUUCACUUGGGAAUCGGCACUUUUCGGGACACCCUUCGUCUGAAGAGGAACCGGGGUCGACAGGCGUCCUAUGGCUACCCGUUUUCUCGCAACAUCCCAGCCUCCCCUCCAGGGUACAACCUUGUGAUGAAGACAGAAAAACCUAGCAGGAUCCCCAACAGCCUCAUUGCCCACGAGCAGAACGUUGCCAACGUGGCCCAGGAGCAGCAGUGCACCAGCCCAGAUGAGAACAUCCCUUCUGAUUUGGCAAGCUUACACCGACACCUACGGGUUGCCCAGGAGCAGCUUGAUAUGGCCUUUCAAACGUAUCAAACCAAAAACAACCAGCCACCCUCUAGAACCAGCAGUCCUGUAUCUGGGGGCACCAUGGCAGAGCAAAAUCGAGUCAAUACAGUCCAAGAGAAACAAGGCGCAAGACCAAAAUCAGCCACAGAGAAGGCUGCAACCAUUGUAAAAAAUGGAAAGACCUCUGUCUGGAUCUAGAAAUAAAUCUAAUUUAGUAAAUCAACGGUCAAAACUUUCAGGUCUCCAGGACUGCACUGUGACACAGCUGGAGGAUAUGUGUGCGUGAGAAAAGCAACUUUGGACGAUAACAGAUGAGAAUUUCAAUCAUACCAACUGAAGGAGUACAAGACAGAGUUUUUUGGAAUAAAAAAGACAAACACACAUGACGAAAUGAUCAAAUCCGGUAUUAUUAUGUAGAAUCUUCUUUGUUACUGUAGUGUGUCAUUCUGUGCUUGCCAUAGCUUCAGGACAAAAUUAACAUGUGCUUACUUAGUUAAACAUCUCUAAUUCCAAAAUGUCAAAGUAUAAACAAGCUGCUUCAGGCUAUUUAUCUGAUCUGCCCUUGACUGCCGCUGAACUGGAUUAAUUUGAAGAGAUUUAAGAGCGUGAUUGUGCCCCCAAUCCAAAUUUGAAAGUCCGGUGAAAACACUCUCACUCCCUCUCACUCUCAAAUACACAGUGACUCAUUUCUGAGGAAUGCUGAUUGCUGUUGGACAAUGCAUGUUUAGUAAUUGGGGGAGUAUUUUUGGAUGUAGUAUGUAUGAGUUUAGUUGGAAGCAGAUUAAAUGUGAAAUAUUUUGAUAAAGAUAAUGAAAAAGAGCUGUGUCACUGUAGGCGCUUCUGGAAAACAUCUGCUUAGUGUGAUGAUCUUCAGUCAUUGCGUGCAAAGCCUUUAUCUAUUUUAUAUUUUCCAAAGCCUUGUUGUGUCACAUCUGAAGGGGGAGAGGUAAGUAAAUAGAAAAUCUGAUUAUUUUCUAAACUAAAUACUGAUUUUCUGCAAUCUGAAGCAGAUGAUGCAUGCUUUACAACUGGGAACAUACGGUAUACACAUAGACUACAGUAGAAAAACCCACCCUUAGCUAUUCAGUCAGCUCUACAUUUAUCUUAUGUUUAGGCAUGUUUAGGUUUUUCUGUCAUUGAAGCAGUAUGAUUUGAUUUAGAUUUGGAUUCAGAGUAAUAUUUAAUCCUGCCUUCACUGUUGUCAUACUUCAAAGUGCCUCAAACUUAAAGACUGUUCUUGUAUUUUAUUCAUGAAAAAAUAAAUUUAUUUGAAACCUC